GUCCCCGUCCGGCCCGGUGCUCUCCGGGGCCCGCGAGGCUUCGCCCUCCUCGCCCCAGCCGGCGGUCACGUGGGUGCCGCCCGAGGAGAACCGGGCCCGGCCAUGCGCCCCCCGCGCCCCCCGGUCGCGCUGCUGGCCGCGCUGCUGCUGGCCGCGCUCCCGGCAGCCCGCGCCGAGGCCCCGCACCUGGUGCGCGUGGACGCGGCCCGCGUGCUCCGGCCCCUGCGGCCCUUCUGGAGGAGCACUGGCUUCUGCCCACCGCUACCCCACGACCAGGCUGACCAGUAUGACCUCAGCUGGGACCAGCAACUGAACCUCGCCUAUGUGGGUGCUGUCCCUCAUAGUGGCAUUGAGCAGGUCCGGACACACUGGCUGCUGGAUCUUAUCACAGCCAGCAGGAAGUCAUCCGGGCAGGGUCUGAGCUACAACUUCACCCACUUGGAUUCAUACCUGGAUCUGCUCAAGGAAAACCAGCUCCUGCCUGGCUUUGAGCUGAUGGGCAGCCCCUCAGGACACUUCACUGACUUUGAAGACAAGCAGCAAGUGUUUGAGUGGAAAGACCUCAUCUCUCUCCUGGCCAGGAGAUACAUAGGGAGAUACGGACUGGCGCAGGUUUCCAAGUGGAAUUUCGAGACCUGGAACGAACCCGAUCACCAUGACUUUGACAACGUGUCCAUGACUGUACAAGGCUUCCUGAACUAUUACGACGCCUGCUCCGAGGGUCUACGUGCCGCCAGUCCUGCCCUGCGGCUGGGCGGCCCUGGCGACUCUUUCCACCCCCAUCCUCGGUCGCCACUGUGUUGGAGCCUUCUGGGCCAUUGUGCUAAUGGCACCAACUUCUUCACUGGUGAGGUGGGAGUUCGGCUGGACUACAUCUCCCUACACAAGAAGGGUGCAGGCAGCUCCAUUUCCAUCCUGGAGCAAGAAGUGGCCGCUGUGGAGCAGAUACAGCAGCUCUUCCCCAAGUUCAAGGACAUCCCCAUUUACAACGAUGAGGCAGACCCGCUGGUGGGCUGGUCUCUGCCACAGCCUUGGAGGGCUGACGUGACCUAUGCGGCCAUGGUGGUUAAGGUCAUCGUGCAGCACCAGAGUCUCCUUGUUGCCAACACCAGCUCCUCCAUCCACUAUGCUCUCCUCAGCAACGACAAUGCCUUUCUUAGUUACCACCCACACCCAUUCUCCCAGCGCACGCUCACUGCCCGCUUCCAGGUCAACAACACCCAUCCGCCCCACGUGCAGCUGCUGCGCAAGCCCGUCCUCACCGCUAUGGGGAUGCUGGCCCUGCUGGACGGAGAGCAGCUCUGGGCCGAAGUAUCGCGGGCAGGAGAGGUGUUGAGCAGCAACCACACAGUGGGCGUUCUGGCCAGUGUCCAUCACCCAGAGGGCUUUUCUGAUGCCUGGCGUGCCACAGUGCUGGUCUCUGCGAGUGACGAUAUCCACACUCACCCCAACCACAGCAUCCCUGUGUCACUGGCCCUGCACGGGGUGCCUCCUGGGCCGGGCCUCGUCUAUGUGGUAUACCACUUGGACAACCAGCUCUGCAGCCCAGACCACGAAUGGCAGCGCUUGGGCCGGCCAGUCUUCCCGUCUGCUGAGCAGUUCCGGCGCAUGCGGGCAGCUGAGGACCCAGUGGCAACAGCACCCCACCCCUUUCCCAGUGAGGGUCGCCUGGUGCUGCACCCUGUGCUCCCACUGCCCUCGCUCCUGCUGGUGCAUGUGUGCGCACGCCCCUCGAAGCCACCGGGCAAGGUCAGCCGGCUCCGUGUGCUGCCCCUGACUCGCGGGCAGCUGGCUCUGGUCUGGUCGGAUGAGCACGUGGGCUCCAAGUGCCUGUGGACAUACGAAAUCCAGUUCUCCCAGGAUGGUAAGGUGUAUACACCCAUCAGCAGGAAGCCAUCGACCUUCAACCUCUUUGUGUUCAGCCCAGACACUGCUAUGGUCUCUGGCUCCUACCGGGUUCGAGCACUGGACUACUGGGCACGACCAGGCCCCUUCUCAGACCCCAAACCAUACCUGGAGGCCCCUGCCUCCUGAGAACAUGGGAUCCUGGCUUCCCCUGAGCCGGUGCUGACCAGUGAGCCCAGCCAAGAUGGCCAGUUAACUAGCCAUCAGAUCCUUUUGUGCCUACCCCCAAUCUCCCAGGGCUUUUAAAGUACCUUUCCUGGGCUGGGAAUGUGGCUUAGUGGUAGAGUACUUGCCUAGCAUGCAUGAAGCCCUGGGUUCAAUUCCUUAGUGCCACAUAAUCAGAGAAA